CAAUUCAACAGCCACCCGUACCACCAUUGUUACAACCAUUGUUUGGGUUCGGUGAUCUGUGGUUUUGGAGAUUUUAUGGGUUUUGGUGUACUACUUUGCUUUCAUUUCAUUGCAGGAAUUUGAUCCGUUAAAGAUUAUCAUUACCAAGGUCUCUGAUGGCUUUGACUGUGAACUCUACAAUAAAAUGACAUCAACUGCAUUCUGGGUCGGUCUCAAGGCUUCUUGCAUUUAGUUUGUUGUGAAAAUAUAAUAAUGGUGCAUCCUCUACCCGGUAAGAGAUGAAGAAUUUGAGAGACAUGACUUAUGAGAUGGGUGCCUGCUUUUGUUUUCUUCUGCAUUUGGUGGACCUGGUGGUGGUGUCUUGGUAGCGGUGGUGGGGCAGGCAGUAAGUGUUGUCACAGGGGCGGGAAACAAAAAAACCCCAGCCCAAAAACCAGAACAGCAUCCUCCAAAUUUCAGUUUCAGAAAUUCUUUUAUCGUCAACAAAGCUUUCGAGACAUUCAAGGCGCCAUUUCCACUAUUAAUUCUCAUAUACUCAAAUGGAGAGAAUAUAUGUGACGGUUAGGGCAAGGCCACUGUCUACCGAGGACGCAAAGACAAGUCCGUGGAGAGUCUCUGGACAUUCCAUUUUUAUUCCUAACAAUCCCUCAAAGUUUGAAUUCGACAGGAUUUUUGGAGAAGAUUGUAAAACUUUAGAUGUUUAUCAAGCUCGUACCAAAGAUAUUGUGGCUGCCGCAGUUCAUGGCUUCAAUGGCACGGUUUUUGCUUAUGGACAAACCAACAGUGGAAAAACAUAUACAAUGCGAGGCUCAUCCAAUGAACCUGGGGUCAUCCCUCUUGCUGUGCAUGAUUUGUUUAACAUCAUACAAGAGAAAGUGGAUCGGGAGUUCCUUCUGCGGAUGUCUUAUAUGGAGAUCUAUAAUGAGGACAUAAAUGAUUUAUUAGCUCCUGAGCACCGAAAACUGCAGAUUCACGAAAGUCUGGAGCGGGGGAUUUAUGUUGCUGGUUUGCGAGAAGAAAUUGUUGCUUCUCCUCAGCAAGUUCUUGGUCUGAUGGAGUUUGGAGAAUCUCAUAGGCAUAUUGGAGAGACGAAUAUGAAUGUAUACAGUAGUCGAUCGCACACCAUUUUCCGCAUGAUAAUUGAGAGUCGAGACAAAACAGAAGAUAACAAUAUUAGCAAUUCUUGUGAUGCUGUUCGUGUAUCAGUUUUGAAUUUAGUGGAUCUUGCUGGAUCAGAGCGUGCUGCAAAAACAGGUGCAGAAGGUGUUCGGCUCAAAGAGGGUUCCCACAUUAAUAAAAGCCUGAUGACACUUGGAACUGUAAUUAAAAAACUGAGUGAAGGGGCUGAAAGCCAAGGGGGUCAUGUUCCAUAUCGAGAUAGCAAACUUACGCGCAUUUUACAGCCUGCUCUCGGUGGAAAUGCAAAUACAGCUAUAAUAUGCAACAUCACCCUUGCACAGAUUCAUGCAGAUGAAACCAAAAGUAGUCUUCAGUUUGCAAGUAGAGCAUUAUGUGUCACCAAUUGUGCCCGUGUUAAUGAGAUAUUAACAGAUGCUGCUUUGUUAAAGCGUCAAAAGAAAGAAAUCGAGGAGCUUCGAGCCAAAUUACAGGCAUCUCAUUCAGAACACUUGGAGGAAGAGAUCCUUAAUUUAAGAAACACCUUAUUACAGUCUGAACUGGAAAGGGAACGUAUAGCAUUGGAGCUGGAGGAGGAAAAAAAAGUCCAAGCAGAGCGUGAGAAAGUGUUGCAAGAGCAAGCUAAGAAAAUAAAAAACUUGAGCUCAAUGGUUUUGUAUUCAAAUAGGGAUGAGAACCGUGAUCAUUUGAAAAAGGAGAAGCGGCGAGAUACAUGGUGCCCUAGUAAUCUUUCAAGGGAGACUUUUCAAGAGGUGUAUGCAAAUGUCCAACUGAAGGCUUCCCCUGUAAAAUCGAUGAGAUCUGAGCGUGAUGUGGGACCAUUUCUUCCUUUUGAACAGUUGAUAAAUGAAACUGAAGUGGUUGAUGAGUUAAGCAAACAAGAUGAAGAUUGCAAAACCAAUUCAUUGCAAUAUUGUAAUCUUCCUGGUCCACGUGCUUUAUUGCAUGUAACAAACAGAAGAAAAGUACCACUGAGGAAGCAAAGCACUCCUCUGGACAAUGAACUGGAGGAACUGCAAGCUGAGUAUGAAGAUUUGCUUUUGAAAUUCGAAUCUCAGAGAACUAUGAGUGAGAUACAAAUUGACUACCUAACAAGAAAGCUGGGUGAGGCUGAUUUGUCUUUGUCUUGCAACAUGAAAUUCAAUGACCAUUCCACACAUAAUGUUGAUAAAGGUACCCUUUAUGGGGACAAAAGUGUGAAUAUAAGGGAGUUGGAGGCUAUUCUUGUUAUCAAGCAACUUCAAGAGAAGAUUAAAUUGUUGGAAAUGGAGAAGUCCUCAAGCCAACAAAAUCUGGACAGUCUUGUUGAACUAGCCACGGAGCAGAAUAUAUGUGCUAGGGAGAAGUUUGAUGAGCUUCAUGAAGAGCUUCUUAAUGCACGGGAAGAGGCUAGGAUGGCUCAUGAACAGCUUGCUUCAAGUGUGCCAGGGGAAAAAGCUGAUCUUUCAAUGGAGAUCCAAGAAAUAAUGCCAGAACUGGAAAAUGUAAAAGAAGUAGUGGAUGUUGUCUCAUCACUUGUGGAUGAUGUUUUCCAGAGUUUGUCUGCCAUAUACAAGGAGUUCACUGAUUUCAAGGCCUUGAUGCACCAGAUUACUGUUCAGCAGAAUUCAGUUAUUAGUGACCACGAGAAUUUACAAUUUUGCCUGAGACACAAAAUUUCUGAAUUAGAGAGUGAGAAGCUACUUAUGGACAAUCAAUCUAGUGAUUUGCAGAGGCAGAUACAUGAAGCACUUUCAGAGCAACAAAAUCUGGAAAAAUCUAAACUUCUUUCUCAUAUUCAAACACUUGAAAAGGAACUAUCGUGUCUAUCAUCUUCUUCCUUGGUCAAGGAAAAGGAAAGUUUGAGAAAAGAUCUUGAGAAAACGAAAACAAAAUUGAAAGAGAUUGAUUACAAACUUAAGAAUGCCAUUCAGGAGAAAACCAAAUUAGAGGGUGAGAAAGCAAUUGCUGAACGAGAAAUUAAACGAUUGCAUAGUCAAAGGACUCUUCUUGAGCGAGAUAUAAGCAAACGUGACUCAGUUGCUAGUAAGAAGCGUGAUUCAAUUGUUGACCGAGGCUCAAAGGUAUUUGAUCCAAGAAGGGGAAAGAGUUUUGGUAUGCCUUAUGAACAAAUGCAGGAAGAUUACAAAAACUUGGAAGUGCUUGCAUUUGAAAUGGAGACAACUAUUGCUUCUCUAGAGGCGGAAUUAGCAGCCAACUCUAGGGAAAGAGUGGAGGAUAUAUCGAUAAAUGAAAAUUUGGCUUCGGAAAUGGAAGUUCUGUCUGAAAAGUUCAAUAAAUCAAAUAUUGAACCGAAUAUAUUGCAAGAAGAGGUUUCAGGCCUUAAGCUUAGCUUACAAGAAUCUAAAUCCAACGAGCAGAAAUUGCAAAGCUCUGUGAAGAUGUUGGUUGAAGAAAAGGAAGAAUUAGCUGUGCAACUGAUUAAUUCCCUUAUGGAAAUGGAGGAGGAAAAGGCAAUAUGGUUUGCUAAGGAAAAAGCUUCUAUUGAAACCAUAGAUGAAAAAGUAAAAUUACACCAGACAGAGACCAAGUCAUUAUCAAAAAGAAUGUUGGAGGUGGAGAAUGAACUAGAAUCCUCUAGAGAAGAAUGUGAGGUCCUCAGGGCACGAUUGAUGUGUUUAGAGCAAGAUAUAAAAUUUGAGAAGAAAUGCAGUUUGGAGAAAUCUAUAGAUAUAGAUAAACUGAGAAAUGAGCUAAAAUUAGCUGAACACAAGAGUAACCAACUUGAGCAAAUGUUGAAGUCGAAGUUGGAGAUGCUCGCUUUGGAUUUCCAGCAUGCUCAGGAGAAGGUGAAUAAGGGUCACAAUGAUGAAGUUAGCAAUAACAUUGAAAGGGCAAAGCUUAGAAUGAGGCUGAAAUGGACACAAGCGCAUUUAGAUGCCUUACGUCGAAGAUACAGGGAAGCAGUGCAGGAAUCUGAAAACAUGAACAAGCAGUUUGAGGAGGCUUCAGCAAACCUUAAGGAGCGUUUGGCUUUGAAAGGAAUUGAAGUUCUCAACCUUAAGAAGCAGCUAGCUGCUGCAAUGGGUCAAUAAAUUCUAACUUUUACUGCCUUUGUACAUGUAAACUAACUAAUGUAUAAUACUGUAAUUCGUAGCUCAAAUUAAUACAAUUUAGUUGUCUUACUUACCCACCAA